UCGGUUACAGAUCACACUUUCUUACGCUAAUGACAUUUCAAUUUUGUUCAUUUAUUAUUUAGUUAUUCUCGGUUGCAUUAAUUCACUCACAAAACAAUAAUAAUAAUUGGUUCGAUCGAUUCUUAGAUGCAUUUUGUCUUUCACCGAUAUUGAGGUGUACUGUGUUCUAAGCGUCAUCACAUUUUUGUACGCGAGAAGAUUAUUGUGCUCCGCUUUGCAUUCAGAAGAACUUAUCUUUAUUUUUGUUGAAUCUUUUUUGCGGUGGAAAAAUGAAUUUUUUAAUGCGAUCUACUCAGACUGCAGCAGCAGAUCAGGUGACUGUUCGUGAAUCAACUGCAGAGACACAUCACAUACCAAAACCUCCAGCUUCUUUGGAGGCUCUUAUAGCUGAAGAUCCAUAUCCACGGUAUUCCGCACUCAAAGAUCGUGAAGGAGAAGUUGUUGACGAUUUUGGAGGUGAAAAGGCCAGCAUUGCAGUUUCAGAUGCGAAGAAAGACUCUUCUAUUGUAGCAAUGCAUUCUGAUGUAUCCGAAGAGGAAGGAUGGAUUACAAUUCCAUACAAGGAACUGUCUGAUAAUUGGAGUGAUGCGCCGGAUAUAAAAUCGUUAUGCACUUUGGAUCGUUCCUUUGUUUUUCCUGGCGAACAAGUUCAUAUACUGGCAUGCUUAUCGGCAUGUAAAAAGGAUACAGAAAUUAUUACUCCAUUUAAAGUUGCUGCAGUAAUGAGUAAAAAUGGCAUGGGAAAGAGCCCAGAGAAACAAAAUGGAAACAUGGAAGAUGGAAAAAGAGAAAAAACUCCUGGUGGUCAAGGUGUAGAUGAUUAUAAUGGUGGAAAGUUGUCAAAGGAGAAGCAAGAUUCUAAAAAGGAUGUUUGUACUAGUGAAUCACUUCUUAGAUUGGAAGACCACAAGAGACGGACUGAAAUGUUACUACAAAGAUUUGAGAAAUCUCAUUACUUUGUUAGAAUAGCAGAAUCAGGUGAACCACUUUGGUCAAAGAAGAGUGCUUUGAACAAAUCUUCAGAAUCCUCUGAGACAGAUUCUCAAAAGUUGAAAAAUGAAGAUGUUUCUCACCUUACUGCGGUUAUUGAUAAAGGAAAUUUCAAUCCUACAGCCUCUGGCGGGGUAGCAAGAAAUACUGUCAAGUGUUGCUCUCUUUCUAAUGGUGACAUAGUGGUGCUUUUACAGGUUAAUGUUGGUGUUGAUUUUUUGAAAAACCCUGUCCUUGAAAUUCUUCAAUUUGAGAAAUAUAAUGACAGAGAUUUGACUUCUGAGAACCAGAUGAAUAUAACAUCUGAGGACCAGGACCCAUGUGGAGAACUGUUAAAAUGGUUACUUCCCUUAGAUAACACUCUUCCACCUCCAUCUCGUCCGCUUUCUCCACCCUUAAUUUCCACCACAGGAUUUGGAAAUACAUCUCAAAAAUCCAAUAUCACUUCUUCGUCUGGUUCACAGCUUUUCUCUUUUGGCAACUUUAGAAGCUACUCCAUGUCAUCCCUACCCCAAAAUAGUACUCCACCUCCUGCACCUGUCAAAGCUUCUGGUUCUAAACCAAGCUUUGAUCCUGAAGAUUGGGAUCAAUAUUCAUCUCAAAAGCUUCGGAAGAGUAAAAAAACUGAUGCUGAAGAACUUUUAUCUUUCCGAGGUGUGUCAUUAGAGCGAGAAAGAUUUUCUGUUUGCUGUGGAUUGGAAGGCAUCUAUAUGCCAGGAAGAAGGUGGAUGAGGAAACUAGAAAUUAUACAACCUGUAGAAAUUCAUUCUUUUGCUGCUGACUGCAAUACUGAUGAUUUGCUCUGCGUCCAGAUAAAGAAUGUUACUCCAGCACAUGCACCGGAUAUUGUGGUUUAUAUAGGUGCUAUUACAAUUGUAUUUGAAGAGGCUUCAAAAGGUGGACAACCCCUAUCACUUCCAAUUGCAUGUAUUGAAGCAGGAGCUGACCACAGUUUGCCAAAUCUAGCCCUCAGGAGGGGUGAAGAACAUUCUUUUAUCCUUAAACCCACAACAUCUUUGUGGAGAAAUAUUAAAGCAAAUGGAGAAAAAAGUAGUCAUUCAUCACAAUUAUUGACUGGAACUACAUCAAGUUUACAUCUUCCCCCAAAGACUGUUGAAGGAAAGAGGAAGGUUUUUACUGCAGAUCAAUAUGCUAUUAUGGUUUCAUGUCAGUGCAACUAUACUGAAUCAAGAUUGUUUUUCAAGCAGCCAACAAGUUGGCGACCACGUAUCUCGAGGGAUCUUAUGAUUUCUGUUGCAUCUGAAAUGUCUGGUCAACAUCGGCCUAACGGAGGAUCUUAUCAACUUCCUGUUCAGGUGUUAACUCUUCAGGCUUCAAACUUGACAUCAGAAGAUCUAACUUUGACAGUUCUUGCCCCAGCUUCAUUUACUUCACCACCCUCAGUGCUCUCAUUGAAUUCUUCACCCACUUCACCUAGAAGUCCCUUUGUCAGUUUUCCUGAGAUUACAAGUCCAAAUGGGGAUAAACGUUUCUCUACAAUGCAGAGGCUGAGCUCAGCACCUGCUUCAUCUGGAAAUCAGAAAUCGGAUGAUCAUAGUGGAGCUCGAUCUGCUUCAUUCAAUGAGUUGGCUUCUCCCAGUUCUGAUGUUAUUCCUAGUAGCAGUUUGGGUUGUACACACCUGUGGCUCCAGAGUAGAGUACCGUUGGGAUGCGUUCCCUCUCAUUCUACUGCAACCAUCAAGCUUGAGCUUCUUCCGUUGACUGAUGGCAUUAUUACUCUGGACACCUUGCAAAUUGAUGUCAAGGAAAAAGGUCUAACCUAUGUCCCCGAGUACUCGUUAAAGAUAAACGCAACUUCCAGCAUUUCCAGUGGGAUUUGCUAAGACGGGAUUGCUUUAACAUCUGUAUCUUGAAAAAUUUACCACAAGUAUGGAAGAAAAUUGAAGUAUGGAUCUUUUAUCUUGUCGAGCGUUCAGCUCUUAGCAGAAGCACCAAAGUUUUCUUUCAUUUGCUUCUGAUGAUUGAUAUUGAUAUUCCAUAAAGUCUCAGAUUUUGUAUGGAAAAUUUCAUGUAACUUCAAUACCAGAAACUGUAAUCUUUGUAGAUGUACCUCAGUGUGUGUGACUAUACUCAUUUGAUACCACUCAUGAGAAAAGCAGAAAAGAAUCAUAUUUGCUAAUGAUGAUUUAUGGAUGACAA